ACAUAUUAUUUCUACUUGAUCUGUGAACAUGAUGAACUGCGAUUCAUUAAAUAAAAAAAUUGUGAAGCUAUAAUCGAAAUCGUACAUAGAAGAAAGGAUAAAGGAAAUCAUUAAUAGUUAUCAAAAUAAAUAAAACUUAUCGCCAAUGUGAUAGGGUUUAAGAGUAAGCAAUAAGCAAUUAUAAGUAAAAUAGCGUAGAUUUUUUAAAGUUCGCCACGAAAUAGUAAUUUGCUACGAAGUCAUAAAAACUGGACCAAGGGAGCUCAAUUAAGUAAAAAUGAGUAAUAGGGAUCCGGGUCCUUUGCCAAAUAGAUGGUUGCAUUGUCCACGCAAGUCUUCUGAAAUAAUAGCUGAGAAGUUUCUUGCUUUCAAAACGCCUUUAGGUUCGGAGUUCAAUGAUAAAGUUCCUGAAAACAAUCGUUUCACUCCAUCAAUGCUCUUUGAUUACAUGAAAGGUUUAAGGAUGAAACUAGGUCUUUGGAUUGACCUCACUAACACCUCUAGAUUUUAUGAUAAAAGAGAAAUUGAAAGGAUGGAUUGUAAAUAUGUUAAAAUGGCUUGUCGAGGUCAUGGUGAAACACCAUCUGAAAAGCAAACAAGGAAGUUUAUAGAUGUUGUUUCUGAAUUUAUUUCCCAAAAUCCACUUGCCGUUAUUGGUGUACAUUGUACACAUGGGUUUAACAGAACUGGGUUUCUGAUAGUUUCCUAUAUGGUAGAGAAAUUUGAUUCAAGUGUUGAUGCAUCGAUUAUAGAAUUUUGUAGAAAAAGACAACCAGGAAUAUAUAAACAAGAUUAUAUAAAUGAGCUAUUUAGACGAUAUGAUAGUGAUGCUGACCCUAUGGGAGCUCCAGAACGGCCAGACUGGUGCAUCGAAGAAGAAAUAGAUUAUGAUGAUGAUGAUAAUGAUAAUGCUCCCAGCUCCUCACAAGCACCAGAACCAAAGCUGUAUGGUCCACCAAAGUCGAAAAAGCGUCGAAAAGAGGCUAAAAUCAAAAAGAGUGAAUUCAUGCCUGGAGUACACGGAGUGGAUCCGUUUGAUUCCCAACCACGUCUAAGAGAAAUCCAGGAAAAGGCCCAACAAUUCUGCAAAUGGAGCGGUUCAGGCUUCCCAGGAUCACAGCCUGUGUCUAUGAAUUUGAAGAAUAUUUCUAAAUUGGUGGAGAAACCUUACCGCGUGUCGUGGAAGGCUGAUGGUGUUCGCUUUAUGAUGUUAAUAGAAAAUGAAAAUCAAGUGUAUAUGAUUGAUAGAGAUAACUGUGUGUUUCAAGUUCAUGGCUUAAGAUUUCCUCACAACAAAGCUAACAGGCAUCUACGCGACACUUUACUCGACGGGGAAAUGGUAAUUGACAAAGUUGAUGACAAAACGAUUUUUAGAUACCUUUGCUAUGAUAUUAUAAGGUUUGAAAAUCAAAAUGUUGGUAAAGAACCAUUUUUCCCAGUGAGAUUGGACUGCAUUACAAACGAAAUUAUAAAUCCCAGAAACCGUGCCAUCAGCGAGGGUCUUAUUGAUAAGAACGCUGAACCAUUUCGGGUUGUUAAAAAGGAUUUUUGGGAUGUCUCAUUGGCUGAGAGACUUCUUACAGACAAAUUCGCCAGUACAUUGCACCAUGAGCCUGAUGGUCUUAUCUUCCAACCGUCUCUCGAUCCAUACAUACCUGGUGCGUGCAAAAACGUCUUAAAAUGGAAACCAAGCAACAUGAACAGUAUCGACUUUAGGCUCAAUAUUGUGACCCAAGAAAAAAUAGGAAUGCUAAAAGAAAAAGUGGGACAACUAUUGGUUGGUCAGAAUGACAAUCCAGUGGGUACUAUAAAAGUGACAAAGGAAAUAAAAAACCUUAAUAAUAAAAUCAUUGAAUGUCGCUUUGAGGACAACAAUUGGGUGUUUAUGCGCGAGCGAACAGAUAAAAGCUAUCCUAAUAGUUUCAAAACGGCGAAUGCUGUCUUUGAGAGUAUCGAAAAUCCAGUUACAAAGGAUUAUUUACUGUAUUGCAUAAAUAAGAGAUAUAAAAAAGCAUCACAGAUGCCUCCACCAAGGCGAUGAAAAGAUUCGACUAUGAAAAUUCAGAUAUGCCUAUUUCAUUUAAACAUGUUUUAAACUUUAUUUUUUUAAUACUAUAAAGUUAUAAGCAAAACUAUGUAACAAAAAUCAGUCACGCACGUGUCCAGAAUAUCAUCAUUGCACGUACAAUAUUACAUAAAGUAGUAGAUCCCGAGAUGAGUGCGUUCAAUCAAACAAAAUUUUCUUAGUAUAGAUUUCACAGGUAAAUUUAAGAUGUUAUAACUUUAUAGCAUAAAGAUGGCUAUACCCCAGUACAUUAGUACAAAAAGACAGCUAUAAUUGUUGGUUAAAUAUGGCAUGUAGAUCUGAUGUUGAUUUGGAAAUACUCAUAUCUAAAAAUAACAGAUUUUUUUGUUAAUAAAUAUGUUACAAAAACUCUGUGAACUUAUACUGUGACCUUAAUACAAAACAUAAAUAAUAACUAAACUGGCAUUUUUACCUUAAAAUAUUUGCCCAAGGCUACAUUGCUAACACAAGCUGGCAAAUCAAGUUCUUUUUUGUAAUAGAUAUAAUAUUUGUCAGGGUUUCUGUAACAUAUAGCUAUAUGUAACUGAUUUGUUGUUAUAGUAUUAGUAAUUAUAAUGGAUCAAACUGAAAUAAAUGUUCACAAAUAU